GAAACAAAAUCAAAACACACAUCAGUGGAGUAAAGCAAAAAGCGAAAAAAACACCAGAAAAUCCUCCUACCCCCAAAUCUGCCGAUGUCCGCCGUGCCGUUCCGCCGCGUAACAAGCUCAUCUCGCAACUAGCCAACAUGUAAUAUAUUUAACCAACCGUUUCCUUCAUUGUGUACGCGAAUCGCGGAUAGUGGUGUCAGUGCGAAAAUUUUCGCUGUUUGCGUUCGUUUGCUCAAAGGCUGCCCUCUGUUGUGCUUGUUUCUUUCUGCUGCUGCCGAAGACAAGAAAAGCCAACUCCUGAUGGGAGAUUCCGUCAGAGCUUUGCACAUCAAGACAAGAAAACAAGACGCGAUUAUGCGGAGCUGGCUGGCAAUGAGUCCGAUUGGCGAAUAGUUUCGGCUGCUCAGUCAGACAUCGGGAAGAGAUCGACGCGAGCGGACAAGUGAAUUUCCUCCACAGCAGAAACAAAUUAUACGGUGUUCCGGAUCAACCUUGAAGCAAGGAUUGGAAAACGAUAGUGGAAAAUCUGUGCAGAUCUAAGUGCAGGGGGUUGCUCCCGUUUAGUGCUGUGUUUUUCUUGAGUGAAAUUCAGUGUACAUAUAAGGCUCUCUAAUCUCGGUAGUGUGGUAAACAAGCAACGAAACACGAAACAAAAAGGUAGAAACAAAAAAGCAUGAGUGAAAUGUCUUGCAAGGGCAGUCCGACGUCGAGCGCUAGCGCUCGGAUCAGCUUAGUUACCGACGAAAGCCAUUUCAGCCUGGCCAGCCUGAACUCGUCCGUCAGUCAGGAUGAGUUCUUUCGCUGCAGGGAGCACUCGGAUCUUGUGCUCAAACGGAUGCAAGAGUACCUACAGAACGAGAAGCUGUGCGAUGUGAUCUUGAUCGCAGGAUUAGACGGCAAACGCAUUCCAGCGCAUCGUCUGGUACUAUCGGCCUCCUCGGCAUACUUCAGUGCAAUGUUCACCGGUCAUCUGCGGGAGAGUCAGCAGGAAGAAAUCACCCUCCAGGAAGUGGCCGGCGAAGCGCUGCAGCUGCUCAUUCAGUAUUGCUACACCGGAACCAUAGAACUCCGAGAGGACACCGUUGAAACCCUACUUGCAACCGCCUGUCUGCUUCAGCUGAGCACAAUCGUCAACGCAUGCUGCACCUUCCUGGCCCGUCAGCUGCAUCCGUCCAAUUGCCUCGGAUUCUCACUGUUUGCCGAACAGCAGGGAUGUACCGCACUACUCAAAAUCGCGUCGGCCUACACCUGUCAGCACUUUAUGCAGGUUUGGAAGAAUCAGGAAUUCUUUCAACUGGACUCAAUGCAACUUUCGAACCUGUUUAAAAGCGAUGACUUGAACGUUCCCAACGAACAGGAAGUGUUCCAUGCACUUAUGGCUUGGAUUCAGUUUGAGCCCGAAAGCCGGAAACUGUACAUUCCGGAAUUGCUGGCACUGAUACGACUGCCGCUGUUGCAACCAUCGUUCAUAGUCGAUCACGUAGAAGCUCUCUGCGGUGCCAACGAGUGUCAACAAUUGGUUAUGGAGGCUUUCAAAUGGCAUCUAAUUCCCGGAAGGAGAUCACAGAUUUCGACCCAGCGAACCAGACCGAGGAAGUCGACCAUUGGAAAGCUGCUGGCUGUUGGCGGAAUGGACGGGCACAAAGGGGCUAUUAGCAUAGAGAGUUACGAACCACGGUUGGACAAGUGGACAUUGCUGAAAAACAUGCCAGCCAGACGACUGCAAUUCGGUGUUGCCGUAAUGGACGAUAAGUUGAUCAUUGUGGGUGGCAGGGAUGGCCUAAAGACGCUGAACACGGUAGAGUGUUUCGAUUUGACUACGAUGACCUGGGGCUCGAUCGUGCCACCAAUGGGAACUCCUAGGCACGGUCUAGGAGUUGCAUUCCUGGAGGGUCCGCUGUACGCGGUCGGUGGUCACGAUGGGUGGAGUUAUCUGGCGACUGUUGAACGAUGGGAUCCUGCUGCUCGCACCUGGAGCUACGUAGCACCGAUGUCGUCGAUGAGAUCGACUGCCGGUGUUGCAGUGCUGAAUGGAAGACUGUUUGUGAUUGGUGGUAGAGACGGUAGCGUUUGCCAUCGGACGGUGGAGUGUUACGAUCCCCAUACGAACAAAUGGACACUACGUGCACCAAUGAACAAGCGUCGUGGCGGAGUUGGGGUCGGAGUUCUCAACGGAUUCUUGUACGCCCUGGGAGGGCAUGAUUGUCCGGCAAGCAAUCCCGCCGUAUGCAGAACCGAAUCAGUGGAACGAUAUGACCCUACAACCGACACGUGGACUCUGAUUGCCUCCCUCAGCGUUGGUCGUGAUGCAAUCGGCGUAAGCGUGCUCGGUGAUUGGCUGAUUGCCGUUGGCGGAUACGAUGGUAAUCAAUACCUGAAGACAGUUGAACAGUACGAUACGGAAAGCAACGAGUGGCAACAGAUCGCUCCGGUCAAUUAUAGCCGCGCAGGGGCCUGCGUGGUAGCGAUUCCCAACAACUUCCCCUCCGCCAUUGGAGCGGCUGUGGCGGCAACUGGUGGUCCUUCCACAUCCUCGACGAUAGCCGGUCCCCUGGUGUCAUCAUCCUCCUCGACAAAUACUACGAAUAGGGGCGCAGGUUCCUCUCGUAGCGGUAACUAUUACUAUAGACGACAGUUUAGGAUCUUUGAUUAUUACGUUUAGAACGCAAGGCUGCCCCAUCCAGUGAAGAUAUAUACAUACCUUUUGUACAGCGAUAGAUUAACUCAAAUGCAAACUGAAUCAUGUGAAUCCUACACAUAGCAUGGAAGACGACUUUCUUUCCUGUGAUCGAUUUUAUUAUUAUCAUUUGUACCUAGUUCAUUUUUCCAGUGAAACGCGAAGCCUAGCGAGCCAACGCUCCAACCGAUCCUCACCAGGCGCGGUGGCACUGUGCACAGAUUGCUUCCCUCUCCUCCAUUCUGAGAUUAGUCCCGAGUUUGUUGAUGUGAUUGAUGGUCAAUGGUCAUACACCCGAUGUCCAAAGAUUCGUAGCCAAAAAAAAAGAGCUAGGAGAUGGGGAUUGUGGUACAUCUAUUCUACCGUGUCGGUGAGAUCGGUGCGAGAUACGUUACUUUAUCUGUGAUCGGCUUAGCAAUUUAAAGUAAAAAAAGUUCUUCGUAGCUUGCUUCGGAGUUGCAGGGAAAUAAGGUAUUUUAGUUCAGUUUUUGUUCGUUUACAUUUUCUCAAAGUAUACUCCUCUGUGACUGUUAGGUUAUUAUUCUAAGCAAAAUCAAGUAGUUCCCUGCAGAAAGGGUGAAGGCUUUAGUGUGUGAUAGAUUUUUUUUCUUACAAAUUUAAGCAAAAAUUGAUUUUAAAGUAAAAGGAAACGAGUAACAGGCUUGUAGAAUAGUGAGAAAUUGAGCGAGACAGUGUAGAUACGUAAUUGACGCUUGUAAAUUCAGCAAGCUGGAAUACGAGUAGUCGACUACUGAAAAGUCGCUUAUGUGCAGCUGUAAAAACAAAACAAAUCUGAUACAAGGCUACACGAGAAAAUGGUACUACUUUUGAUACUAUUUAUAUCUAGUACUAUACUGACGAUCAAUUAAUAAACCAUAUUUUAGUACGAAUGCUCUUAUAAUA